UUCGGAUUCGGUCAAUCCACCGAUGUGGACAUCGUAUUUGAUGCGGAAAAUCGUAAAUUGGCCGUGAAAACAGAAGACAGCAAAAAGGAAAAGUAUCUGCUGUACUACGACGGUGAAACGGUGUCCGGCAAAGUGAAUGUAACGCUACGGAAGCCGGGCAGCAAACUCGAACACCAUGGUAUUAAGAUCGAAUUGAUUGGACAAAUUGAACUGUACUACGAUCGUGGUAAUCAUCAUGAGUUCACAUCGUUGGUGAGAGAAUUGGCCCGACCCGGCGAUUUGAUCCAGAACACUAGUUAUCCGUUCGAAUUUGCAAAUGUGGAGAAGCCAUUUGAGGUGUAUGUGGGCUCAAAUGUGCGGUUGAGGUAUUUUUUACGUGUGACGAUUGUGCGCCGCAUCAGUGAUAUUGUGAGGGAAAAUGAUAUUGCGGUCCAUACACUUUGUAGUUAUCCGGAAAUGAAUUGUCCGAUCAAAAUGGAAGUUGGCAUCGAAGACUGUUUACACAUAGAAUUUGAGUACAAUAAAUCCAAAUACCACAUAAAGGAUGUCAUAGUCGGAAAGAUCUACUUCCUGUUGGUACGCAUUAAGAUUAAACACAUGGAAAUAGCGAUUAUGAAACGGGAAACAACUGGAUCUGGUCCGAACACGUUCACGGAAAAUGAAACCAUAGCCAAGUAUGAAAUAAUGGUCGGCGCUCCCGUCAAAGGUGAAAGCAUGCCGAUCCGAGUGUUUCUGGCCGGUUAUGAUCUCACACCAACGAUGCGUGAUAUAAACAAAAAGUUUUCGGUGAGAUAUUUCCUGAAUCUGGUGCUGAUGGACACGGAGGAUCGUCGUUACUUCAAGCAACAGGUGAUUUCGUAGACGGUCUAGCCGA